AUGAUACCCAUGCGGCGCUUUUCAUGCGACACAAGUAUGCGGUACUAUACUGGAUUUCGUUGUUUUUUCCGCUCUAUUCAUACCCGGCGUGAACCAGUGCGUCUGCCAGAGACCACCACCUUAUCUAUACUAGACUUUCCGCCUCAGCCGCGACCAACACGCCCGCUGUCCUCACUUAUGCGGAAGGCCAAGACGCUCGUGUUCAAUGGGCCUAAAGGCGAAGUUGUUGUGCCACUGCACUAUUUUGUUAAUAUGUCCUGGGGUGCUGUGCCAGACUCAAAAAUACGGACCAUCACAUUCUCGGUCGAGGAUGAAAACGCCAGGGUCCAGCGCAGCAUCUGGGGUCUGACACGCGCUCUUUGUGCGAAUGCUAUCAAGGGUGUCGAAGAAGGCCAUGUUGUCACGCUUCGAUUGGUUGGUGUCGGCUAUCGUGCGAGCGUGGAACCGGAUCCCUUGCCGCGCAAGCAUCCGUUUGAGGUCGAAUUGGAACGCAGUCGUGGCCAUUGGUAUGCUCCCGAACAAAAACAGACAGAGAUGGAUCGUAUCAAGCGCCUUAUUGAGUCAUCGGGUGCGAACGAGCGCCUGCACAUGCGCCUUGGAUUCUCUCAUCCUGUGCUGGUACCUAUUCCGUAUGGCAUUAAGGCCGUAUGUGAAACGCCUACUCUGAUCAAGCUUCAGAGUGUCGAUAAGCAACUGCUGGGCCAAUUUGCACAGAGUGUCCGGCAGAUUCGUAAGCCCGAGCCAUACAAGGGAAAGGGUGUCUUUCUUAACGACGAGCAAAUCAAGCUCAAGACACCCAAGAAGAAGUAG